AAAUGUAUUACUUAUCUCUCAUAUAUUGUGCGCGUUUUAAGAUAUCGUGUUUACGCUGGCAAACAAUUACAACCGUCACGGAUCAAUAAUGAUCAAAAAACCCACACACGCCAAUCUAUUCCUAUCGUGCUGCGAAUGAAUUGCACUUACCGGCAUCUACAAGGCCUGUGGUACGAUGACGUAUGAAGCAUUUCGUCCCCUUUUACUGCAUGAUGCUACAGAAGGCUCAUAAAACGCGAAUGUUUCCCCCAAAAAGUUGUAACCCUCGAAUCAACACACUUGCCACGGUGUGUUGACCAUUGCCUACUGUCGCUACUGCUGCUGCUGCCUAGACUUAUCAGUGAAUGGCACACAAGAUACCACGCUAGAUUUGGAUGACAGUACAGCUAUCAGAAUUACGGUGAUCCAACCAGAUCAAAGCAAUUGUCUCGCAUCACCGAUAGUUCCAAGGAAAAAAAGCGAAAGAACGUAUCGGGAAUGAACUGCAAGGUGAGCGUUAUGUUUCCCCCUGGCGCAUUUCAUAUAUGUCUUUCGCCCACCGGCAUGCAAUUUGGGGGUGUGCAAUAAAUGUGGGACGAUUAUCGCUAUCUGUUCGGACGGCUAGCUAUCGUACAGCGCGUGGGGAGGUAUAAAUUAGUGACACCUGUCGGGUGGAUUCUCCACCCGGUGGAACAGUCAGUUAAGGAUGUUUCGCGUGACAAUAUUCACGUUCGCGCUACUAUUCGUCGGCCUGGUAGCCGCAAUUCCAACGCUGCAAGUUAGUGGAGAUGGCGGUGGCCGAAUUGUUGGAGGCUUCGAUGCCGUACAGGGACAGUUUCCGUAUCAGGUGUCGUUGAGACGUCCACCAAACUUCCACUUCUGCGGUGGUUCCAUCAUUGGACCACGGUGGAUUUUAUCGGCGGCGCACUGCACGAUCUCGAUGGAACCGGCCAACCUGAACGUGUACGUCGGUAGUGUGAAGCUUGCGUCCGGCGGUGUCUAUCAUCGUACGAUGCGCAUCGUCAACCAUCCGCUCUACGAUCCGGAUACGAUUGAGAAUGAUAUCAGCCUGAUACAGACGGUGCAACCGAUCGUGUUCAAUGAUGAUACGCAACCAAUCGGUUUACCCUCGGCGAACUUGUUGGCCGGCACAGGUGCUACCAUUUCUGGCUGGGGCCGAUCGAAUACGAUGGACAAUGGUACCGCUGAAGUGUUGGACAAUUUGCAGUACCUCACGGUGGACAUACUGACGAUGGAUGAGUGCCGUGCCGAACGGCCUGGCUCUAGUAACAUCUUCGAUAGUGUGAUGUGUGUCUCUAGCCCUUCCGGCCAGGGUGCAUGCUCGGGUGAUUCGGGCGGACCGUUGGCGUACGGCGGAGUGGUGCAAGGUAUUGCUUCAUUUGUUCGCGUGCCUUGUGCUACGGAAGUUUCGGACGUUUACGAACGCGUCUUUUCGCAUUUAUCGUGGAUCGCAUCCGUCACAAUGUGAUGACAAGUUGGAGUAAAUGUACUUGUGAUUUUCCGGAACGGAAUUGUCCGUAGCUAAUAAAAAUGUUAUUGCAUUUCUACUAACCUCUACAUCCUUUCAACAUCGAUCGGACUGCGUACAAAAAUCAAAAUUUGAUGGUGAAAAACACGGAUAUUGAAAAAUCCUUAUAUCUUAGAUUUAAAACCAUAUUUAAAAAUACACAUUUUCCUCGCAACCUCUCGACGUGCCUCGCACUCGGAAAGAAACAUACUUAUCGUUAGCAUUAUUGCUGCCACACUUUAUUACAUUCCUCCUUCCUACCGUGUAUGACAGGGAAAUAUUCAGUAUUGAUUGAAUUUUUUAAAAACAUUCCUAUCCGCUCCGUUUCGCUUUCGCUC